AUGCUUCCCCUCAGUCCAGAUGGUGCAUUUCAUUUCGAGAUGCUCCGUACCCUAGCCCUUGCACGCUACAAAGGCGCAGACAUUGGCGAAGUCCUGGAAGCAGCCGAGCACAUCGAACCAGGAAACAUGGAAAGCUUCCAUGACGUCUUCGCCAACCUAGCUUCACGCGUCUUAGCCCAAGCCGAGGAAAUAAAUGCCAAAUCUCACCCUAUUUCCGCACGAGAUGCAUACUUUCGAGCUUCAUCGUAUUUCCGCGCAGCCGACUUCUUUAUUCAUCGCAACCCAAAUGACCCCCGAAUAAAUAGUCUCUGGACCCAACAGACACUCGCAUUCGACAGGGCUAUCGCGCUCUUACCCGCUCCUGGGGAGCGGGUUAUCCUCCCAGCUGACGGGUUCAACGUCCACGGCAUUUUCUUCCGCGUCGGGGACAAUUGCUCCAUGCCCAGACCGACUCUAAUUCUUGGGAAUGGGUAUGAUGGCGCGCAAGAGGAGAUGCUUCAUGUUUCUGGCUUUGCCGCCCUGGAGAGAGGCUACAACGUCAUUCUCUAUGAAGGGCCUGGGCAGCCAACUAUCCGCCGAGGACAGAACCGAGGGUUCAUCUAUGAUUGGGAGAAGGCCGUCACACCUAUCGUCGAUUACCUGCUCCAGCAGCCUGAAGUUGACAAUGCACGUAUAGGCUUGCUAGGAUACUCGCUUGGCGGAUAUCUGUCUGUCCGAGCAGCGGCAUUUGAGCAUCGUCUUGCGGCUGUCAUAGCUAUCGAUGGGCUUUGGGACGUGUAUAAGUCCUUUACGGAUCAUCUCCUACCCGCUGGGUGGAUAGCAUCCUUUGAAGCUGGCGAUACGAUGGGACUAAAUGCUCAGAUCGAUGAAUUCUGCUCUCGGGCCGAUGCCUCUACUACACUUCGUUGGAUCAUUGAUCAAGGAUUGUGGUGUUUCAAUGUGAAAGAUGUGAAAGGACUACUUGAUGAGAUUAAGAAAAUGGCACUUAAGGGAGUCGAGGGCCAGAUUCAAUGUCCGGUUUAUGUUGGUGAUGCGGCUGAUGAUCACUUCUUCCGGGGACAGCCGGGUUGGGUGAAAGAGAAUAUUGGGGCGAAGGCGACUCUUCAUACGCUUACUGCUGCGGACGGGGCAGGCCAUCAUUGCCAUGUGGGGGCUGCUGUGGUUAUGAAUCAACGACUGCUAGAUUGGUUUCACGAUGUGGUUUCAGAGUAG